AUGACAAGUGAAUUUGUGAACUGGGACUGGAAAAAACUUGGCAUUAGUUGCUCACAGGUGUUGCUAUCAUUUAUUUGCUUUCGUUUCUCGCAGUUUAUUGUUCGAUGGUACUUAUUUGGAACAUGUACUUUCAGAACAUUUUCAUAUUUUGGAUGGGGUAAAAAUAGGCAUCACUCAAACUCUUUUGUGGAUAUUCAUAGCAACCAACCAUUGUUGGUUGCACCUCCAAAUAGGCGCUGGAGAAUUAGCAAUGAAGCUGUUUCAUUAGGUCAUUCGGUAGUGUCUGGUUUUUGGGCACUUUAUGCAAUAAUUGUUUAUCCAAAGUUGAUGGAAGAUAUGGUAAAUUAUACAAAUACUAUGGCUCAUUAUUUACUGAUAGUUUCAACAGGCUAUCUGAUACAUGACCUUACUGAUUUGCUUAUGAACGAGCAAUCGUUACGAAUCGUUGAAUUACUCUUCCAUCAUGUCGUCGUUCUCGUAGCGUUUGGUACUAACUAUGCGACAAAUCAGUUUUUAGGAGUGGUUGUUUGUGGGCUUCUGAUGGAACUUAAUAGUAUUUUUCUGCAUUCACGUUCCAUGUUGAAUCUCUAUCGAGUUGACAAAUCUUCAACACCAUUUCGUAUUAUUGCAUUGCUGAAUAUUGUUACAUUUAUUAUAUUUCGCAUGGCUGUUAGCACUUAUUUAUUGUAUUGGCAAAUUACUACGGCGUGGAAAAUGGUAUGGUACCUUACACUGAUCACAUUUGUCGUCAUCGUUUCACUUGCCAUCACUAAUAUCGUCCUUCUAUAUAGAGUUCUGGCUGCUGAUGGAUUAUUAGGCAAGAAACGGCAACGUGGUGUACCAGCAAAUCCGACUGAAAUUACGACACAAGCUUCAGGAGCAGAUGCAGAUGAUCGACUUCGUGAUGAGGAUGAAAUUGAAGUUAUUGCUUGA